GAGGCUAAAAUUUGUUUUCGUCUGUAGCCAUCUUGAAAUUUUCUUUUCGGAGUAGAGACGCUUUGAAAUCUUUUUCAUCGCUAAGUAUUGUGAUCUUAGGGAAACUUAUUUUGGAGUGGUUCAGUUGCCUUUGGCAUCAAUCUAACAAUAGAACAUAUUUUUUAUCAAGUUUGUAUUUGAUAGAAAACGUUUACGGUCAGCAAAGCCGUCGGUUGUUCCAGCGUCAGGACAACAAAAGAUGGCUUGUGCUACUUUGAAAAGAAGUCUGGAUUUUGAUCCUCUACACAGUCCUAGAACUCCAAAACGCAGAAGAUGUAUACCAAUGACAAUGUCACCUACGACGCCUAACACAAAACAGCAGUGUAGCCAGUCGUCAUUUUCUGAUGUAGCCCCGAAAGUUACCCCAGAGCAAAUAGCUGCCAACAUUCAGGCAGAAAUCAAACGUUUGCAGCACAGACGUCAGCUUCACAUGCCGCCUAGUCCACCACCUAACACAAUCCAUGAACAGCCUGCUGAUAGCACACAUCAGGACCAGGACGCCUCUGUGCAAUCAUCCUCCACAUAUUUCAAUGCCCUUUCCCCAAGUAAGAAGGAAGUGCCUCUCUUCACUUUCAAACAAGUCAGCUUAAUAUGUGAUAGAAUGCUCAAAGAAAGGGAAGCCCAAAUCAGAGAAGAAUAUGACAAAGUUCUCACUUGUAAAAUGGCGGAACAAUAUGAAGCUUUCCUGAAAUUCAAUCAUGAUCAAAUCCAACGGCGAUUUGUAGAACAGCCCGUAAGCUAUGUGUCAUAAGACAAAUCUAAUCUCGCAGAAGCAGGGAGGAAUCACCAGGUGCUAAAUAUUCCUUAAAAACUAUAACUUUUAUUCAUAUCUGAUGGAGGAAAGGACCUUUGAUCAGUUUUUAUGAAAUGGAAAAAAAAAAACAUUUGAAGUUUUUUUUUAAGACAGGAAAAGAAUCCACUUGUAACCAACAGACUUGAUGUACACAAUGUGGAAAUGCAUGUUGCUUUUAAUCUUUGUUCGUAUUCUCGCAAAAGAAACAAGUAUGGACCAAAAAUGACCAUAAAGAAUGGUUAGUGUAUAUAAGAUUGUAGUAUAAAGGAUGAAAGUGAUCAUUUUGAUGAAAUAGCAUUUUAGGAUUUUUGAAGUAAGCAGCGUUAUGAUGCAGGUUAUUGGGGGCUUAUUCAGUUCAUUUCAUUUAAGACUAGUUGGAAAAAGCAAUUAUAUUGUUUUUAGUUGUUCUUAGACUUGUUUCAUAUUGAAAACAUGUUUCACACUGAUCUGGAUUUAUUUUUAAAUGACUGAUUUCUGGAACAGUGUUUGGUGUUACAAAGUCACUUAUACAAAGUGAUAAAUUCUCUCCUCUGAUGUAAUUCUCAUAUUAAAAAAAAAUUUUAAUGCAUAUCUGGUGAAUCAUUUGUUACUAACAAUAAGUCAGUCAAAGUUUUUGGACUGAUUAUUUUAAAUACAGUGCUCUAAAGCUACACUUCACUUGUAUUAAUUGAUGGUUUCAAGAAGAAAUGUUUUGUAUUGGUCAAAUUUCAGUUAUGGCACUUAAUUAAGAAGUAGCGUAAACAGUAGAACUUUAAAAGAUAUCUAUUGAAAAAAAUAUUUUUGAUGUGCAUUCCAGCAGAAAUGGUGAGGGGGAAUUAUUUUUCAUGUGCAAAGAUUAAUUUCUUAUAUUAUCCACCUGCAAAUAGACCCCACUCUGUCUUCACUGGGAUUGCAUUGAUAAGAUAUUUUUCAAAGUAUAUGCCUGAGUGAGGCAUAUCGAAUAUGUAUUUUAGUAGCAGUGUAUGAUUAGCUUUUGUAGUUUCAGAGAUAUUGAGCAUCACUGCUUAUUGGUGCACUAAAAAUGCAAGUAGUACUGCAUCACUACCUUUCCUGUCUUAGGGCUAGCAGUAAUGGAGCUAAAACCAUGCACUGUAGACUUAAUGCUCUAAGAUGAUGUUACCCAUCUUCUAAUGUUAGGGCCUAGUCAUUAAUUUUGUGAUUUACAGCCUUUGAGUUUGGAAUUCUGGCAUCAUCAGGACAAAAAAUGUGAAUUCAUCUGAAUGUUGUAGAAAAUUAUGCAAAAUCUAUAGUUGUUGAAAGUGCCUGGUUAAAAUAUUUGGCUUCGAAAUGACUAUGAUUAUUAAUCUACAAGUUAAACACUGGUUUUAGGACAGUGAUUGCGUUAUAGGUUUUCCAGUUUUAUAAGCAUUUGUCAUUAGGUUUUCAUUGCUUUCUACGUAGGAUUUUCAGGGUAUUCGCACAAUUUCAGUCAUAAGUGCUUACCAGAGACCUGUUUCAUGAAGCCUUAGCCUGUUACAGGGUUGGUUUGCCUUAUCAACAAUUUAAAUGCACAUAAAGAUUGGUUGAACAACAAUGUGUCCCCAAUCUUUCGCUAUCAAGUGUUUUGAACCAUCCCUGGACCUGUUGUUUUUUUUUUUUUUUUCAGAUUGAAAUCUUUUGUUAACAAUGUCACUGAAACUGCAGAUAACAGAAAAAUAUUUGUUAUAAAUAAAGUCGUUUCUUCAAUA